UGGAGAGCGGAGAGGAGAGACUGGAGGAGGGUCAAGAGGGUGAGGAGGGACCUGUCGACCCUCAGCCCCCCAUUAGAGAGAGAGACAGGUCCCACAGUAAGACCAAGAAGGCCCGCAGGGAGCGUCGCCAUGCUGAACGGCGGGCUGAGACCACAUCAUCAGCCAUGCCCGCAACAACUGGCCUGCAGCCAAAGACAGGGGUGGAGCCACAGACCCAGGUGUUGGAUCCGGUGGCGGGCCCCUCAGAGCCGGUGUCAGCACCAGGGUCAGAAUCUGCAGCUGGGAGUGAGUCUGCAGGUUCUCCAAGGCAGCGGCGCUCCAUCAUCCGGGACCGCGGGCCGCUGUACGAUGACCCAUCACUGCCUGAAGGUUGGACUCGCAAACUCAAACAGAGGAAGUCCGGACGCUCUGCGGGGAAGUUUGAUGUCUACCUGAUCAACUCAGAGGGGAAGGCAUUUCGUUCCAAGGUGGAACUUAUCGCUUACUUCCAGAAGGUUGGUGACACAACCACUGACCCCAACGAUUUUGAUUUCACUGUCACUGGACGUGGAAGCCCAUCCCGCCGCGAGAAACGUCCCCCCAAAAAACCAAAGGUGGUGAAACCGUCGGGGCGAGGCCGUGGGCGGCCCAAAGGCAGUGGAAAGAUGCGGCAAGCUACAGAGGGUGUGGCCAUGAAGCGCGUGGUUGAGAAAACUCCAGGCAAACUGCUGGUCAAGAUGCCCUUCAGCAAGGCAGAGUCCUCCACUGGCACCACCUCCACUGCCUCAAAGGUGGUAUCUCCUGCCCUGGUGCCCAAGUCCCGUCCUGGGAGAAAAAGGAAAUCAGAACAGGAACUUCCACCCCCACCACAGACUGCCCCCAAGAAACGGGGCAGGAAACCAGCCUCGGCUUCAGCAGCAUCAUCAGGUGCAACAGCAUCCACCUCCGCGGCAUCAACCUCUGGUAGCUCAACAGCUGGGAGCUACGCUGCAGCUGCCAUCUUAGCUGCUGAGGCCAAAAGGAGAGCAGCCAAGGAGUCUUCCACCAAACCUGUUGUCCAGGAAACAGCUCUGCCAAUCAAAAAACGCAAAACGAGAGAAACAGUGGAGGAGCGGGAGAGUGUUCAGACUCCAGCGGCCACGACAACAGAGACUGAAAGGAGGGCUACUACAGAGGGGGAGGGAAGUAUAGGGGAGAGGGCUCCAAGCUCAGAGCCUCAGCCCGCCCCCUCUGAGCAGAGCCAGUCACAAUCACAGAAGCAGCCCACUGCUUCAGAUGAAAGCCAAUCACAUGGACACAAGACUCAUAAAGGGAGGAAGCACAAGGAGAAAAUGGGAAUAGCAACAGGAGAUGGAGGAACCAGAGGAGAGGAAAUGGGUGAGGAUUCAGGUGACAAGGGAGGAGAGGGAGGAAGGAGUAGCAGCAGCAGCAGUAGCAUUAGUCCAUCAAAAAGCCACAAAAGGAAGGACAGGCCACCUCACAAACACCACCAUCAUCACCACCACCACCACCAUCAUCAUCGCCACCAACAGUCCUCUGCCUCCACAUUGGAUCAGCCUCCUCCUCUUCCUCCUCCUCCUCCUCCAGCCUCUGGACACCCGACACCCUCCAGCCAGUCGAGGCCUGAAAUUGAGUCCCAGACCGUGCCUAUGAUCACCACCCAACAAUCGCAGCACAGCCAGCAAGUUCCUUCCAGACCGCAGUCCAAGUCUGUGCCUCAGUCCCUGCCUGAACCUCGGCAUCCUGGCCCUCAACCACACCACCAGGCCCAACCCCGUCCUCAACAACAUCCCCAGACCCAGUCUCCCAGUCAGCCCCCAGCCCAGCCUCGAUACCCAGCACCCCAGUCCUCUCCGACCAGGCAUGUCCUGCCCCAGCCACGGCCGCAACAACUCGUGCCCCAAACUCACAGUCAGGUUCAGGCAUCCCCCCAAAAAGCCCAGCCACAGCUUGUCCAUUCCCCAGCCCAGCACCGAACCCCACUUCAGGCUCAGCAUGCUCCACCUCAGUCACACCCUCCUCAGUCCCCAUCCAUUCUGCAUGUUCAUCCGCCCCAAACGAGGCAUUCACAUCCACAAACCCAGUCCCCCACAGCAGUCCAACCUCAAACCCUGCCCAGACACCCGUCUCAACCCCAGAGCCAGCCCAAACAACAAUCUCAAUCCCAGCCACGGCACACACUGCAGCCUCAGCCCCAACCCCAGACCAGGACGCCAACCCAACUUCAGACUCAAUCCCAGUCCAGAACCCCUGCCCAAUUGCAGCCUCAAAUCCAGCCCAGAACUCCAGCCCAAACGCAGCCUCAACCCCAGUCCAGGACCGCAGCCCAAAUGCAGCCUCAACACCAGUCCAGGACCCCAGCCCAAACUCAGCCUCAACACCAGUCCAGAACCCCAGCCCAACCUCAACCUCACCUGCAACCGAGGCAUCAAGCGCAGACCCAACUGCAGACGAGGCACCCUACGCAACACCAACUCCAGACUCAAUACAGACCGCAACCCAGACAGUCUCUCUCCCAGCCUAGGCCAGCCCAGUCCCAAUCCCAGUCCCAAGCACAACCACACUUUCAGCGGAUUCAAACACAGAUGCGCCCCCAGCCCCACUCUCAGCUAACCAGGCCCCAUGUGCAGCACUCAUCCCACAGGCCAUCUCCCAGCCUAACCAGGACCAACCUGGUCCCUGCUCAGCAGAACCAGAGUGAACAGCCCCAAGAUCUGAGCACUCCACGGGCUGGCCGAGGAAGCCUGCCACCAAGCCGAGAGGUGAGCAUGGAAGACGUCAGGGUGGAGGGGAGAGGGGAACCGGCCAUGACAUCAGAAAGCAGAGAGGUUUUAGGAGGAGAAAGAGGGUCAAACAGCACCUCAAGACCUCCCAGCUCCAUGCCCACUGGACCUCCUGGAGUAGCCGGGCCCGGGGUUGGUCUUGUCCCUGGGGCAGAUGGUAGGGCCAGGCUUCGGGCAGAGCCAGAGGCAGCAGGUGAGGGCAGGGAGCUCAGAGACAUCGUCCCCCAGUCCGCCGUCCCAUGCCCCAGCCGAGAAGAAACCGUAGAGUCACGGACUGCCGUCAGCGAAAGAGUCAGCUGAUUGGGCGGACCGAUGAACAGGCUGACUGAUCAAUAGACUGACGGACUGAGUCAGUACCAGGUGGAAGAGGAGUGUGACUGGGCUGUUCAUGGAGGUUUCAUGUUUUUACACUGUUUUCAGAUAGAAGGAUCGUGUCACACAGAGCUGGUAAGGACUGUCGUCUGAUUCUGUCUGGAGACUCUGUAAAGUUCUGGAUCAGAGAACCAACCUGGACAGCUGGAGAGGAGAACGCAUAGUGUCUUUUUAUAGGAAAAACUAAUGAAAAGGAAAAACCGAUAAAAAAGUGUGUGUGUAUAUAUAAUCAAAAGGCAGCUGUUGUGUCCCGCUAGUCUCCGUGGGGAGGGGGGAAGUAGUUUGGAACUAAAAACCAACGCUUAACAACACAUUACUCUAAACGAAACGUUGCUUCCGGAAUAUAACCUGUUUUUUUUAUUUCGUAUUUUGAUAGUUUAUUGUUUUGUCUCUGUUAUACAGCUUUAAACUCUGAUAUUAUUGACUGACGGUCCCUCGCUCAUCGCCUUGCUGCUGACUGACAGUCCCUUAUUUAAAGUCCUGCUCUUAACUGAUUGUCUUUCACUAAAAGUCCUCCUAUUGACUGACAGUCCCUUUCUGAAACUAGUCCUUGACUGAAAGCCUCAGAGGUGAUGUGGGGCGGCGGUUUGCACCUUAAACUGGUUUCUUAAAAACCUCACAUUUGUUUUCCUCCCCAUUUUCCAUUAAACCCACAAUAAACAGGGGUCAGUAACGUUUUCCAUCCACUUCCAGAAUGCCCCCUACAGGUAGCCAAUCUGAAGUACGAGUACAUUGAAUUUAAGACCCUACUCAGACCUCAUUCUGAGCUGAGUCUUUGAAACCCAUUGUUAUUAUCGUUUGAAAUAUUUGAUCAGUUUGAGGAGUUCUUGAUUCCUCCUGUCAGACACUGAAACGGAGACAUUUGAGUCAGCUGUUUGAUGAGAAAACCUCGACCACUCCUCAUUUAUUUUUCAAGUAUUUCAAGUGAAUGGUUCUUCCAGUUUAGAGAUUCUUCCAUACUCUUCUUCAUUGAAUCUAUUAGUCUUUUUGUUUCCAAAGGAAGCGCUUUGAAUAUCAACCAAACCCACUUUACAGUAGCUUUAUGUUAGUUUAAUGUGGGAAAUGGACUCAUUGUUUAUUGUUUCUUCGUGUUGAAUGUCUGGAACAGUUUGCACUCCUCCAGUUUGUACAAUCAACCGCCUGCAUGUCGCUCAGAGACCCUGCAGGCCUUCAACCAGAGACGCACAUACGCAGAGGUCGACCUUUCAGAGGUUUUACUGUUGGCCAUGUUGGUGUUCGGCAGAAGUAAAACCCUGAACGAGGUCUGGUUCAGCUUCAUGUGGAGUCAGAUGUGUUGGAGACAGCAACAGAAAACGAUUCAUUGAGCCGAAAACUAACUUUGAGUCUGUAAGUCCAGAUCUGAGAGCAUGAAGGAUAGAUUCAUGAGCACAGGACAAGUUACGACAACGAGGACAGAACCUGAUCCUGAUCCCUGAGUGCAGGACUGUGUCCUUCUUCUUAACUGCUCUCACUUUCAAAUUCACUUUCAGCAGGAAAAUACUGAGCAGGUGUCAUUGGAAUAAAAUACUAGUUAGUGUCACAAAACGUAACAUGGUACAACAACUUGGCCACAGUUAGGAGUCACAGUUUCAGAGGUACUGACAGAGUCAUGACACCUUAUUUCAUUUUCUCAUGGAGCAGAAAAACAAGAGUCUUCUGCUGUAAUGUUACUAAAUGAUACCACUAUAGCUACGAUGCAGACAUGCUUACAGUAGAUUAUUUUAGUAACAACGCUGCAUCUGCAGCUGAUAUUUCACCAAGUGAAGACUUUCUGUCUAACAUGAGAUCAGUUUGUUAUUGUACAGCUGUGGAAAUUCAGAAACACAUGUCAGUAGUGUUGACUGAGUCGACAGUGAUUGGCUGCACCCACAGAGGUCAACAGUGAUUGGCUGCACCCACAGAGGUCAGAGUGAGUGACCACUGACUGACAGUGCAGCGUCACAUCCCUGAGUUUGUUUGUUUUAGUCUGAACCAGUGGAUGAGUUGAUAAACUUCACUUCAGUUUCUUUUCACACGGAAAAAAAUUUAACCAAUGUGCAUCAGUAAAUUCAGGUGAGAAUGUUUUCAUCUCUCAUUGGUCAGAUGUGUCUGAGUGACAAAGUAAACACAGGAAGCAGGUCUAGUCUGCCGUAGCGCACUGUUAUACUAGUGAUUUACUGACAUGUAUGUCAGAGCCAUUGUUCACAUGAUUGUGUAUCUGCGGGAUUAAAAAGUCCCUCCACUAGGGGGCAGAUUAGGGCCUGGUCAUCAUCACUGAAAACAGAACAUCUUCAUUGAGAACUUCUUUGGCUCAACGUAAACAGAAAUAAACAAAAACCAUGGCAAAACUACAUGUUACAGUGUUGUUGAGAAAACGGUCGUGGUGACAUUGUAUGUGGUUUAUCAGACAGACAAACUCUGAGUUUCUCUUCCAAACUUUCUGAUGCUACCCCCACUUGUCAUGUGUUAAACUUCAUUUCAUGGAAACGUAGUGUUAAUUUCUCAGGAUGUGAAAAACCAACGCUCCCAGGGAGUGCAGGACAUCCAGGUAGCCCUGAUGUCCACACAGACAUGUAGUUAGGAGCAAGAAUAUCAUCAGCUUUAAUAUGAAGAAGCAAAUCCAGGUCAGACCUCCAUUCAUUCUCCUGCUAAUGUUAGCUGCUAGCAACUGAUGAUCUGGUUCAUCCUAUCAUGUAGAGCACAGAUGACAUUUAGCUUAAACCUGCAGAGUCCACCUUGUAGUGGGGACAGAUUGAGGUCAGACAAUGUUCCCACCAACUCCAAAAUUAAUUUGGAACUGAGACCACUUCCUCAAGAGGGUUUUGGUAAGGUUGUCUUGGUCCAAGAAUGAUUCUUUGUUCUGAUCAACUGAAACAAACUAGGAACCAGAGUAUGAUUCAACUCAACACAACACAACAAAAACAAAACAGCCAGAGAAAUUUACUUUAGUUCUUCUUCAUCUGCUUCUACUACAAAACCUGCUCAGGUGACUCAAAGGCUCCACCAGGUGGCAAAGACCAGGUAGCACACCCACAAAGAAAUAAAUAAAAUCUAAACACUGCAGAUAAAAUGAAACUGAAGAAUUAAAAUAAAUUACAUUAAAGAAUAAACUGUGCUGUAAGGUUAUAAACACACACAUCACCAUGGUUACUGAGUUCAUCCAUGAGUCAGUUUCCUUCACAGUGUAAUCGUCACAUUAAUAUGAAGCUCUGUAAUUGGCUUUUUGUUGGUGAAAUGCACCCUGGGAGUCGUAUUUGACUUCUCCACAGCUUCUGUAACUCUGAGGUUUUAUACUCCUGUCUGUGAACACCUGUCUGUUAGCUCCACCUUUCAGAGUCCAACCUGUCCUGCUCGUCUGAAUCUGUCUCAGAUCUGAACCUGCAGCUCCUGUCUGAAUGUUAACUUUAGCACCUUAGUGUCCUCGUGUCUCUGUGGAGACGCCUCUAGCACUUUAGCAAUGACGUUGGAAAAUUUUGCUUUUCAUCCUGAACCGGACAAAACAAAGUGAAUGUCUUCAUCCUGGAUCAAAUACAUGUGCCUCGUUCUUUAAAGUCCUCGUCUGGUCACCUUGUUACCGUGGUGAUGCUGUCCGGAUCCACCUGACGCUCCUCCCCUCUGCGUACGUGGCGCUCCACCUGCCGCCCAGUCUGCUCAGAGCAGUGAACCUGUUAGCAUGCUGUCUCUCACGCAGCUGCGGAAAUCAAACGUCCCUCUGUGAACGAACUCACUCCACAGGACUUGACCCGGCACAAACUACAGUAACCAGCCUCCAUAUUGCAUGUUCCAGAGUUUAGUGCCUAUAAUAUUGUGCGUCUUGCCAGAAGCCACCAUGUCAGCCAAGCCAUGUUGUGUUUCUAGACUUAGUAGUGAUGUGUGUGGUGACUUCAUAGUUGCUAAUAUUGAGGAUGAAUAUUCUGCUUUUACUCUGGUUGGAUCAGUGGAAACUCCAAUACACUGUCGCUGUAGACAAACUAGUUUUUACCUGUUUUUAUUUUUCUUUCUAACUAAAAGCGUUUGUUGUCCCUGA